ACCAGUGUCAACAUCAUAACUCUGAAUUGUAGUAAAAUCAUCCAUGGCGUCUGUAGCUCUUCGCUACCCUAAAUCCAGGCGUCUAAUUCCACUUACUUCACAAAUUUACCAAUCUUGUCGUGGAUCCGUCGUCGCCCCCUUUUCUGUAUCGGAAAUAGUCUCCGGAAAUGACACAGCUGCAAUGCAGAUUCCAUUGUGGAGAUCCAUGGCUACCUUCACCAGGACAAAACCUCAUGUUAACGUGGGAACCAUUGGACAUGUUGAUCAUGGGAAGACCACACUAACUGCAGCAAUUACUAGGGUUUUAUCAGAAGAAGGAAAAGCGAAAGCAAUUGCAUUCGAUGAAAUUGACAAGGCCCCAGAAGAAAAAAAGAGAGGAAUUACAAUUGCAACGGCCCAUGUGGAGUAUGAAACUACUAAGCGUCAUUAUGCCCAUGUAGAUUGUCCCGGUCAUGCAGAUUAUGUCAAAAACAUGAUUACUGGUGCCGCCCAAAUGGAUGGUGGUAUAUUAGUUGUUUCAGCUCCUGAUGGCCCUAUGCCACAGACUAAGGAGCACAUCCUGCUCGCAAGACAGGUCGGUGUGCCUUCAUUGGUUUGUUUUCUGAAUAAAGUUGAUGCUGUUGAUGAUCCGGAGUUACUUGAACUUGUGGAAAUGGAGCUCCGCGAGCUACUUAGCUUCUACAAGUUUCCUGGUGAUGAAAUACCUAUCAUUAGAGGUUCAGCUCUGUCAGCUUUACAAGGUACCAACGAAGAAAUAGGGAAGAAAGCUAUUUUGAAGUUAAUGGAUGCUGUAGAUGAAUAUAUUCCGGACCCUGUACGCCAACUUGACAAGCCUUUCUUAAUGCCAAUUGAGGAUGUCUUCUCUAUUCAGGGUCGUGGAACUGUUGCUACUGGCCGUAUCGAACAAGGGAAAAUUAAGACGGGAGAGGAUGUUGAAAUCUUAGGUUUGAUGCAGGGUGCGCCACUAAAAACAACUGUAACUGGUGUUGAAAUGUUCAAGAAAAGCUUGGAUUAUGGGCAAGCUGGUGAUAAUGUGGGUCUUCUUCUAAGGGGUUUGAAACGGGAAGACAUACAGCGUGGACAAGUGAUUGCAAAGCCUGCUAGUGUGAAAACAUACAAGAGAUUUGAGGCAGAGAUAUAUGUGCUGACAAAAGAUGAAGGUGGUCGUCACACAGCGUUUUUCUCCAAUUACAAGCCUCAGUUCUACUUGAGAACUGCAGACAUUACGGGCAAAGUUGAGUUGCCUGAAAAUGUUAAGAUGGUUAUGCCUGGUGACAAUGUCACUGCUACCUUUGAACUGUUAUUACCCGUUCCCCUCGAUGCAGGUCAAAGAUUUGCACUGCGUGAGGGUGGUAGAACAGUUGGUGCAGGAGUAGUCUCAAAAGUCAUAAGUUAGUUGAUGAUAAAUGUUCUUCUUCCAUUAUUAUUCAUCUCUUUGUCAGAAUACGAGACGACAGAAGACAAAAAAGACUGGCAGCAGGCCUUGGACCGGGUCGAGUUACUUUUCAUUGAGUUUUAAGGAUAUUAGAACUUGAGAAACAAAAAAGGAGAAUAUUUUUCUUCACAUUGUGAUUCAUUAACUACUUUUGUAGAUUGAUUAAUAAUUUGUCCAGAAGAAACUAAAUGAUGGUUGUGAUCAAGUUUACUU